UCAUCAUCAUCAUCAUCAUCAUCAUCAUCAUCAUCAUCGACAUCAUCAUCAUCUGAACUGGAGGAAAACUGCCCUCUUCCGCACAGGCUCCUCCUCAACCCUCCUGUCUCAAACUUGAAGAUUGGCGGUGCCGGCUGAGCAGCAGCGUCUCUGUCUGCAUUCAAACUCGCUGAUGAAGCGGUGAAUGAGUAAGAAAAAAAAAAUGCGCUUUAGCUUUUCUCUCGGGCACAGCUGGGGCAUCUGUCCGAGCAGAGCGGUUUCGUUGAGUGUUCGCUUUUAUGAAAUGGUGUAAUGGUCCUCAAUAAUACUCCAAAAACAACAGCGUCAACACCUCUGGACAAACACAUGGACUCGCUGGAGCACCCGGUGUUACAAUCUCAAGGGAAAGGAGCACGAAGAAAAGGUCGAUUUAAAGGUUCGGAUGGCAGCACCUCCUCUGACACGACAACCAACAGCCUUGUCCGCCAGGGUUCGGCCGACUCCUACACCAGCCGUCCAUCAGACUCCGAUGUGUCCCUGGAGGAGGAUAAGGAGGCAGUGCGCAGAGAGGCAGAGCGACAGGCUCAGGCACAGCUCGACAAGGCCAAGACUAAACCAGUUGCAUUUGCUGUUCGCACAAAUGUCAACUACAGCCCGAGUCACGAUGAUGAUGUCCCCGUGCCAGGCAUGGCCAUCUCCUUUGAGGCUAAAGACUUCCUCCAUGUCAAAGAGAAAUUCAACAAUGACUGGUGGAUAGGACGCCUGGUGAAGGAAGGCUGUGAAAUCGGUUUCAUCCCCAGUCCGGUGAAGAUUGAAAACAGUCGAAUCCUCCAGGAGCAAAGAGCCAAACAGGGCAAGUUCCACUCCAGUAAAUUGGGAGCAAACUCAUCCUCUAGUUUAGGUGAAGUGGUUCCUAACUCACGGAAAUCUACUCCUCCUUCGUCUGCCAUUGACAUAGACGCCACAGGCUUAGACCCCGAGGACAAUGAGCUUCCAGUCAACCUGCGCUCCCCUAAAGCCAGUCCAAACACUGUCAUGUCACCCCUAGCAAAAGAGAAACGAAUGCCCUUCUUUAAGAAGACGGAACACAUUCCUCCGUACGACGUUGUGCCUUCCAUGCGGCCCGUGGUUCUGGUUGGACCGUCACUGAAGGGCUACGAGGUGACAGACAUGAUGCAAAAAGCACUGUUUGACUUUUUGAAACACAGAUUUGAAGGAAGAAUAUCAAUCACUCGUGUCACGGCGGACAUCUCUCUUGCCAAACGCUCCGUCCUGAACAAUCCCAGCAAGCACGCCAUCAUUGAACGCUCCAACACACGCUCAAACUUGGCUGAAGUCCAGAGUGAGAUUGAGCGGAUUUUCGAACUUGCCCGGACGUUACAGCUGGUGGUUCUGGACGCCGACACCAUAAACCACCCGUCGCAGCUGGGAAAGACUUCCCUCGCCCCCAUUAUUGUCUACGUCAAGAUCACCUCUCCCAAGGUGCUGCAGAGGCUCAUCAAGUCCAGAGGCAAGUCUCAGGCUAAACACCUCAAUGUCCAGAUGGUGGCAGCGGACAAGCUGGCUCAGUGCCCUCCUGAGAUGUUUGACAUCAUCCUAGAUGAGAACCAGCUGGAGGAUGCGUGUGAGCAUAUGGCCGAUUACCUGGAGGCCUACUGGAAAAGCACUCACCCCACCAGCUGCAACCCCCCCAACCCACUGCUAACAAAGCUGCCCACGGCUACCCUGCCCUCCAGCCCGGCCCCGGCCUCCGGCGUGCAGGGCAGUGGUGCAGAGCAGAAAGGAGAUAAAGCGUUAGUGGAGAGAAAAGGCUCCAGAGAGGACCACCAGCACCAUCACCACCAUCACCACCACCACCACCAGAGCCAGGACCAGGCCGAUGCCGACGCCGAAGCUGAGGGGGAUGGCAAUGAGGAGGAGAGGCCGCUGAGAACGGAGUCAUCAAGGAGAGCCCAGCACAUCCACCACCGUUCGUCUUCCACCAGGACUGAGCACCACAACCACCAUCACCACCACCACCACCACAGCAGUCGAGCCAGGGGCCUCUCCCGGCAGGAGACUUUGGACUCGGAGACCCCCGAGAGCCGAGAAAGCCGAGAGAGCCGAGAGAGCCGAGAGAGCAAGGACUCGGCUUAUAACGAGCCGCGCACUCAGCUCCUCCACCAGGAAGAAGAGGAGGAGGAGGAGGAGGAAGUGGAGGAGGAGGAGGAGGAGGACGAGGAGGAGGAGGAGGACGAGGAGGAUCUAGGGGAGGGGCACCCUCAGCAGCAGCAGCGUUACGAGCAGCUGCCCCACCGGGACCACAACCACCACCAUCACCACCACCACCAUCACCGCGGCGGGGCGGAAGAGGCCGGACACAGCACGGGACACCAUCGCUCCAAGGAGCGCGAGCAGGACCAUAACGAACGGAACAAGCAGCGCUCUCACCACCACCACCGGCCGACGCGUGACCACCACCAUCACUACUACGACCGGGACAGAGACAGGGACCGAGAGGGGGAGGUGGCUCCCAAAAAGAGGGGGGAUGCAGGGGAAUGGGCCAGAGACUCCUACAUCCACCAGUGACAGACCAAAAUCCCUCCUGAAGCUCAUUUGGACUCUCCUGUUAAAGACCAUUCUGUUCUCCCAUCGUGCUGCUAUACCCUGAAACCACAGCAUCCUAUUUAUGUACACUUCCUUUGUAAAUGCAUCUUUUUCAAUGGCAGGAUUUUGAUUACAUAGAUACAAAUAUAAAUAUAUAUAAAUAUAUAUAUAUAUAUGUAUGUGUGUAUCUAUGCAUAGACGUCGUUUAUGUGUGGAUAUGCAUGACUAUUCUCAAAUAUGCAUAUUUUAAACCUGUGUUUGAUAAAGCAUGACACGAAAGCAGAAUUUUUUUCUGUACUGAGCUGUGCUUUCUGUGAUUAGCAUUUUAAUUUUUUUUUUUGUUAUUAAUGUUUUUUGGGGGGGUUUUUUGUUUUGUUUUUUGCUUGCUACCACUUGAAUGAUUUGAUCCUUCAGACUACUGCGAGAGUUGACUGACCGAGUUAGUUUGAUGCUGUAUUUGCAGAGGUUUUGUUUGUUUAAAGGAAUAGUUCGACAAUUUAGGGAAUACAUUUAUCUGCUUUCUUUGCAGAUGAGAAUAUCGAUACCACUUAGUGCUAUCGAUCUUCUCAUCUAACUAAAGCGACUGAGUGUAUUUCCCAAAAUAUCAAACCAUUACUUUAAUUAUGUCCAUCAUCUAUUUCUUAGUUCCUUUUUUUUUUUUUUUAAAUUCUGCGUCCAUGGUUUUAACAUAUUUAUGCCUCCUUCGAGGUGCACCUUAGUCUUGCCUUACAAGACAAACGAGUUCUACAAUAACUUCCUCUCUUACAUGCUGUACUGUUCUCUUUGUAUGGGUCCAGAAACAUUUUAUAACAUUGAUACACCCUUUAUUCUGCACUUUUACUGAUUCACGUUGGUUUCAAGUGAAAGCAGUUUGAUAUGACAUUGCAACUUACUGUAGGUCUCCUACCAAAACUCCCAUCAAGGUUAAUCUUUUAUUAAGUCUGACCCCUUUUUCUAAUGAAUGUUGUUUAACUCCCACUUUAACUUCAUAGUACAAAGAAUGUUCAUUUUAGGAAAUCUUCUUUAGUAUGUUCCUCAGUAUGAAUUAAAAUAUGCAUUUGCAAAAACACAAACAAUCCAGAUGUUUACCAGAUGAAGAUAAUGACAUUUUAACCAUUUGUUCACUCCCCUGACUAACAGGAUCUAUUUAAUGCAAAGUGAUGAUGGUUUAAGAGCCUCCAACACAAGAGUCAAUUAUGUGCAAAAGUUGGUUCGACUUUAAACUUAUCAUGUAUUAAUUCAUGAUACUGAAAAUCUGAAUUGACUUUAGGUUUGAGUCCACGCACUCUGCCCCUGUUUACAAUACCACAAUCUUUACACGUCCCCUUUUCUUUCUUUGGUUUUGCCUGACAAUUGUAAUUAUAAAAAAAAAAAGCUCCUCCAUUUCUAUGCUACAUUGGUAGCACUACAGAUUUUUUAACAGUGUACAUGUGUAUGUACAUAAUGCAUAAAUAUGAAGAAUAAAGUUGGCAACAAAGGACUGACACGGGGA